GCGGUCCCGGGGCGUCGUCCUUCCGUGCGAGCGCGUGCGGGGGUCUGCACGGGUUCGCCAGCCCCCCUCAAGCCGGCCAGGCGGCCAUGGCCGACGAGAAGACAUUCCGCGUCGGCUUCAUCGUGCUGGGGCUCUUCCUGCUGGCCCUCGGCACGUUCCUCAUGAGCCACGACCGGCCCCAGGUCUACGGCACCUUCUACGCCAUGGGCUGCAUCAUGGUGAUCGGGGGUGUCGUCUGGAGCAUGUGCCAGUGCUACCCCAAGAUUACCUUCGUACCUGCUGACUCUGACUUCCAAGGCAUCCUGUCCCCAAAGGCGCUGGGCCUGCUGGAGAACGGGCUCGCUGCCGAGACGAAGAGCCCCCAGCCCCCAUACGUCAGGCUGUGGGAGGAAGCCGCCUAUGACCAGAGCCUGCCGGACUUCAGCCACAUCCAGAUGAAGGUCAUGGGCUACCGUGAGGACCCUCGCCCCCUGCUGUCCGCCAAGCCAGAUCAGCCGCAGCCGGGAGCCAGUGAUGGAGGGGGAGGCGGCCCUUGUGAUGCUCGGGGCUGGAUGGAGGCUGCGGUGGUCAUCCACAGGGGUUCAGAUGAGGAUGAGGAAGAACGCAACCUGACUCCAAGCAGGCCCAGCCUCCAGGCCUGUCUCCAGGGCCCUGCACCCUUGGCUUCCUUCCAAGAUGACCUGGACGUGGACUGCAGUGAGGGCGGCAGCCCCAAGCCCUCUCCGCCGGAGGGAGAGAAGCCUCACUGCCCGCCUCGGGAGCCCUGGGCCUGCAAGUGCCCGCCGGAGCGCUUCUAUGACUUUGCCCUGAUCGACGCCCCCACGGCGGAGGACGCGCCUCCAGAGGGCCAGCAGCGGGACACUGCCCCGUCUGGCUGUUGGCAGCCGUCCCAGAGGGCGAAGAAGGACGAAGAGAAGGCUUCAGACACAGGCACAGAGGAGCCAGAGCAGGAAGAGGAAGACUUGUACUAUGGGCUGCCGGACAGCCCCGGGGACCCCCUCCCGGACAAGGAACUGGGCUUUGAGCCCGAUGCCCAGGCCUGAGGUGGAUCUGCUCCCUGGGUUCUAGGCCCGCACCGCUGCUAACCCCCACGUGACCUCACAGGGCCUCAGUGUCCCUGUCUGCAAAAUGGGCUUAUGUGGAGGCUCAAACAAGACAGCAGGCCUGAGGGCACGUGGAGCACUCAAAGCAGUGCACGGGGAGGGGGUGCUUGCUGUCCAGGCUCUUCCACUCUUCGCUUUCUUUGGCAAAGCUUUGAAGGUAAAAUAUAAUUCACUGAGAAGAUUUGCAGCCGCUGGGGCCCUCGAGAUCCUUUUCUGCAUCCCCCCAAAGCCGGUCUCUGAACAGGACCCUCCUUGGUGCUACCCCGGAGGCCCUGAUCGUCUGCGAAGGCCUCUCAGGGUUCCCGUUUCUGUGGAGUCCUAUAGCCACCCCCGCUUCCCCUCCCCUGUCCCACACUCAGGUGGAUGGCGUGAUCUGUCUUCAUUCGGAGCUAACCACGUCUAUCCUGUCCACAUCCCUUCUGCAGCUCCCGUCGCCCCAGAUACAAAAUUUUCCAUACCUCACCUCCGCAGACCUCCCGACUUGCCCCUGGCCAGCCCUGUGCCACAACCUCUGCUCCUCCAAUUCCGAGCCCCCCUCCCAUUCCCCCAAGCCCGUCCCCAGCGGUCCCCUCCAUCAGCCUGCCCUUUGCUUCCUUGUCUGUCUGGCAAAUUCAUGCUCAUCCUUCAAGUCCCAGCACAGAUGUCCCUCCUCUGAAAGCUUUUCCUGAUGUGACCACCUCACGGAACGAGUUCCUUCCGGCUCCUCUAUGCCAGCUUUGGGCCUUGACCAUGGAUUGCUGGAGUGUGACCCCCCCACUCAAGGCUAGACCUCUGCUCUACCCAGCUCAGUACCUCCUGAGCUCAGAUCAGUGGUCUUCGAAGGCCUACAAAAUGGACCAGAACCUUUUGCAAAUGAUGCCCCCAUCCCCUAACUCUUAGACCCCCAGGCCCUUCACCCUCAGGCAGUCAAACCUCCAAAUGGCAUGCAUCGGAGUCACAAAGGCAGGCAGAAAGCCCCCAGAGAAAGCCCCUUCCCUGCAGAAUACACCUCCAUUGGCUAAGGAUGGGGGGUGAUAUGAAGCCUCUUGGCUUGAUUCAGUUUGAUUCGGGUGGCGUUUACUGAACAUCUACUGUGUGCUGAACGCUAAGCCAGGAUUUUUAAGGGGAGAGAGACAUGAACUGAUAAGGUUCUUGCCCUCCAAGAGCUUACCAUCUACUGAGCUUGGCGCCUUGAAAGUUAGGAACGGAGAGCAGAGUGCAAGCCAAGGAGGGAGCAGAGAAGUUAGAAAUGGAGAGUAGGGUCCAGAGGCAGCCGAGGGAUAACCACACAAUCGUCUGGCCCAUCAAAUGCAGGACAGAUCGCUCAGGCUGCCUGAGCAGGCCCUGAAGACCCCCUGUACCGCCGCUCCACGGUGUAAUGCUCGGAUCAGGUUGAUCGCUGCAAAGCGCCGGUGUGCCCCAGCGCGGACAGCAGCAGCUUCGGAGAAGGGGGCAGUGGCACGACUUCCCACCAGGUCUUCGCGCUCAGAACUUGCACCCUGGGCCACUGGGAGGAGGAGACCUUCAUCUAGGCUGGGCCUCUGGGUUGGGGGUGGGGAUCUCAGCUGAAGAAAGGGGCUGCCCCCAGUGCUGAGUCAGAAGUGCACGGCCGGCAGUGGGCUGCCUGGUGGCACCGUUGCUCAAGCCUCUAAUUCUAGGAUUUGGCUCAGGGUCGUGAGAUCAAGCCCUGCAUCAGACUUCGCACUGAGUACAGAGUGUGCUUAAGACUGUCUCUGCCCUCCCCAUCCCAAUAAAAUAAAUAAAAGCUUAAAA